CGCCGCGCUCUGCCCGCAGAGGCCGUGGCCGUGGCCCCCGUGCCCUUCCCGCAUGCUGUCAUCACGGACUUCCUGCCCGGCGGGGGCUUCGCGGAGCAGCUGCGCGCGGAGUUGCUGGACGUGGCGCUGCGCCGCCGCGGCAACGACCUCUACCGCUUCCAGCAGUCAGACGACCUGAAGGAGCGGAAGGAACCGCACGUCUCCGCACUCAGGAAAGUUCUGCUUGACGAGUUCCGUCCGUGGCUUUCUGCUGUCACUCAGAUUGAGCUGGAGCCAACUAUUGACCUGUCCUGUGCCAAGUAUGAAUAUACAGAUGUCCUGCUGUGCCAUGAUGAUGAGCUGGAGGGGCGGAGAAUCGCCUUCAUUCUGUACCUUGUUCCACCAUGGGAGAAGAGUGAUGGAGGCACUCUGGACCUGUACAGUGCAGAUGAGCACGUUCAACCCCUGCAGGUUGUCAAGUCAUUAGUCCCCUCAUGGAACUCCCUGGUCUUCUUUGAAGUGUCUCCAGUCUCUUUUCACCAGGUAUCAGAAGUCCUGUCCAAAGAGAAGUGCCGCUUGUCUGUGAGUGGCUGGUUUCACGGUCCAUCAGUGGCAAGGCCUCCCCGCUACACUGAAGCCCCCUUGCCACGAAGCCCACACAUCCCCUAUGAUCAUGAAAUCUUGUACAACUGGAUCAAUCCUGUUUAUUUGGACAUGGUUUCCCAAGCUCAGAUCCAGGAGGAAUUUGAGGAUCGAUCAGAGACUUUCCUGAAGGAUUUCUUUAAAAGAGAGAAAUUUCAGUUGGUGUGUGAGGCUCUAGAGAAAGAAGACAUCAAAUGGACGAGACGGGGACCCCCCAAUAAAAGAUGCUAUGAGGUGGCUGAGGAAGGGAGCCUUCCGGACAUCCUGAAGAAUUGCUUGGAGUUCUUCCGCUCUGAGGCCUUGUUCCUGCUGCUCUCUAAUUUCACGGGUCUAAAGCUGCACUUCCUGGCUUCCUCCAAUGAGGAGGAGGGAGAAGAGGGGAGGGCUGCAGACUGUGCUGGUCAUGACUCCUCCAGGGCUAAGGAAGGAGAGACCAGUCAAGAGACCAGUGGCAACGCUGAUCAAAGAGGCCAGCUGGAAAACUUCCUCAAAACUGCUGAGGGUGAACCACAGAAUAGCUCAAGUGUCCCUAUGUGUGUGGGGGAGCUGAGACAGUGGAUGAAUGGUUGCUACACUCUAGUCCAUGACACCCAAGCAACAGAGUUUGCCCUGGACCUGAUGUUUUUCUGUGGCUGUGAAGAUUGGGAUGCAGAAUACGGCGGCUUCACCUCCUACAUUGCUAAGGGUGAAGAUGAAGAGCUGCUGACUGUGAAUCCAGAGAACAACUGCUUGGCCUUAGUUUACAGGGACAAAGAGACUUUGAAAUUUGUGAAGUAUAUUAAUCACCGUAGCUUGGAGCAUCUGAAAAAGCAUCCAAACAAUGCUGGAUUCUGGGAUUUCUCUUUCGUCUACUAUGAGUGACAGUACUGUGCAUGACCAACCUCUGACAAUUAAUGGCUUGAUGGUGUCAAACUGGAUUUGAGUAGUUGCCUGGAUUGGCUGCUUAAUGGAUGCACCUGUAAUGCAGGGAUGAGGCAGAAGAGGAA